ACACACAGUUCUUCAUGAGAACACGGAAGUGAAAGGAAGUUCAGUGCUUUUGAUGAUCGAGGUGCCAUUUCAGAGGACAAAGAAACAUCUGCAAAUAUUGUCAUUAUUCAAGUCCAUCAAGGACGAUGGCAUCUGAUUUAGUGCUUCAUACUCUAGAAGACCUGGAAGAACGUGAUCUGAAGAGAUUUAAGUGGUUCUUAAAGCAAGAUGGACCCGUUAGAGCUGGUAAACUGGAGAAGGCUGAUGUCACUGAUAUAGUGGAUAUAAUGAUGGAGUUUUUUGGACCUGAAGAAGCUGUGAAGAAAACACUGAACAUCCUGAGGAAGAUGAACCAGAACCGGCUGGCUGAAGAGUUACAGAACAACUACGCUGAAGUGCAAAAAUCAGGAGCAGCUGAGAAACAAGAUUUCUGGCUGCAGGAAUUCUUGAAAACUCACAAAAUGAACAUGAAGGAGAAAGUAGAACACAUCUUUGAGUGUAAAAAGGAAAAUGAAGCACAUCUCAAGGAUGUUUUCACAGAACUCUUCAUUACGGAGGGGGAUCUUAAAGAAAUCUACCAAGAACAUGAGAUUCUGCAGAUUGAUAAAGCCAUUAAACCCAACAAAUCACAGAACAGGCCAAUCAAAUGCAAUGAUGUAUUUAGUCUGAACAAAAAUAAGAAAAAGAUUGUGCUGACCAAAGGCAUUGCUGGCAUUGGAAAAACUGUCUCAGUGCACAAGUUCAUUCUGGACUGGGCAGAAGGAGAAGCCAAUCAGGAGAUAGACUGUGUUUUCCUGCUUCCAUUCCGAAAAAUUAACUGCAUUAAAGACAGGGAGUUCAGUCUGCAUGAGUUUCUACAGAGAUUUAAUCCUGAACUGAAUGACCUGGAAAAACCAAAGAUAUGUAAGAUAUAUAAUAGUAAGCUUGCGUUUAUCUUUGAUGGACUGGAUGAGAGUCGACUCCCUUUGGAGUUUGACAGUGGAAUGGUGACGAGUGUUGAGGAGCGAUCAUCUGUAGAUGAACUGUUUACAAAUCUGGUGAACGGGACUCUGCUUCCAUCAGCUCACGUCUGGGUGACAUCACGACCAGCAGCAGCCAAUCAGAUCCCUCUUGAGUGUGUAGGGUUGUUCACCGAGGUGCGAGGAUUCACUGACCAGCAGAAGGAGGAGUAUUUCAGAAAGAGAAUCCAAGAUACGACUCAGGCCUCCAGAAUGAUCUCACACAUUAAGAAAUCUCGUAGUCUCUACAUCAUGUGCUACAUUCCCGUGUUCUGUUGGAUCACAGCCACUGUUCUUCAGGACGUCCCCAUUGGGAACAAUGCAGGGAACAUCAACACGACACUCACUGAAAUGUACAUCCACUUCCUGCUGAUACAGAUGAACAUGAAGAGCCAGAAGCAUGACAGUAAAACAGAAAGACAACGUACCAAGCUCUUAGAUUCCAAUAAAACAAUGAUUUUAAAGUUAGCCAAGCUAGCGUUUGAACAACUGAAGAAGGAAAACAUAGUGUUCUAUGAGGAUGAUCUGAAAGCUUGUGGUAUUGAUGAGAGUGAAGACUUUGAGUCCACAGGAAUGCUGACUGAGAUCUUUCAGCAAGAAGCUGGACUUCAUGAGAUGAAGGUCUUCUGCUUCGUACAUCUGAGUGUUCAAGAGUUCCUCGCUGCAGUGCACGUGUUCCUCUGCUACCUGAACAAGAACAUGGACGAGCUGCAGUUUUUCCUUAGAAAAACACAAUUCAAGGUCAGGCCUGACAACAUCGACAAGCCAGACAAAAAUAUUGCUUUACAUAAUUUACUAAAGAAGGCUGUUGAGAAAGCAAUGCAAAGUCAGAAAGGACAUUUAGACCUUUUUGUACGGUUUCUGCUGGGCAUUUCACUGGAAUCGAAUCAGAAACUGCUCAGCAGCCUGUUCACACACACUGAAGACAGUAAAUACAGCGUCACAGAAACAACCAAACGCAUUAAAGAACAAUUACAAAGCUAUAAGAACAAUACCAUCUCACCUGAAACUUCAGUCAACCUGUUCUACUGCCUACUGGAGCUCAAUGACAAUUCAUUAUAUACAGAAAUACAAAGAUACUUCAGAUCAUCUCCAGAAAGAGAGCUCUCGUCUUCCAUGUGCUCAUUGAUGGCUUACGUACUUCUGAUGUCAGAGGAGGUGCUGGAGGAGCUCAACCUGAGGAUGUACAGGACAUCAGGGGGGGGCCGCAUGAAUCUCCUGCCAGCUGUGAGAUGCUGCAGAAAAGCAACACUCUCCCUCGGUGGACUCACUGAAACCUGCUGUGAAACUGUGGCUUUGGCCCUGCAGACACCAAACUCACCCCUGAUAGAGCUGAACAUGAGUGAAAAUAACCUGAAGGAUUCAGGAGUGAAGCUGCUCUCUGAUGGACUGAAGAGCCCAAACUGUCACCUGAAGAUACUGAGAUUAUGGCGCUGUGAUGUGACAGGAGAAGGCUGUGGUUAUCUGGCUUCAGCUCUGGGGUUAAACCCCUCACACCUGAGAGAGCUGGAUCUGAGCCUCAAUCACCUGGGAGACUCAGGAGCCAAGAUGCUCUCUUAUCUACUGAAGGAUCCAAACUGUGCACUGAAUAAACUCAGAUUACGGCGCUGUAAGGUGACAGGAGAAGGCUGUGGUUAUCUGGCUUCAGCUCUGAGUUCAAACCCCUCACACCUGAGAGAGCUGGAUCUGAGCAACAAUCGCCUGGGAGGAUCAGGACUCAAGAGGCUCUCUGAUCUACUGAAGGAUCCAAACUGUGCACUGAAUGAACUGUAUGUUGAGCAAUAAGAUUAAUCUCAUCCUGUGAAUAUAUGUAUGUGUAUUUCAGUCUUA